GAGCGGGGCUGGGCGGUGCGAGGCGGCGGGCGCAGCCCCGCAGCGGCAGCUCCCGCCUGCCACUGGGGCACGGCCGUGCGGGCCGAGGGGAGGGGGCGGCGGACCCGGCCCGGCCGCUCCGCACCUCCGCCGAGUUUGGCCGGCCCAGAAGGGCAGCCAAAAGUUCAGCAUGCAGGAAGUUUGGAGGCAGCUCGGAGAGUAGCGCGUCGGCGGCGACUGCUGCUUCCCGUGCUCUGGGGUUUUGCUUCUUUUGCGGGGAUUGUGCCAUUCCCCCUCCGCCCCUCCACCCCCCCACCCCCUCCCCAAUACAACUCCCCCAAACACACAAGCAACCCGCAACAACAAAAAAGUCCGGCAAGAGGGAAAGAACACGAGCGAGGGAAGAACCCUCGGCGGGAGAGCCCGUUUCUUCUCAGAGACACGGUCCCGCUCGCAGCUGGUCCCAAUGCAACUGCUCAUCCUCCUCCUGCUCUACGCCGUCGUCUGUGCGAACUUUUGCAGCCGUCAGGGGACCACCGCCCCUGCCCAGAGCGGAUCUAUAAAAGCCCUGCGGGCCUCCAACAUCAGGCGAGAUGAGAGCAAUCACCUCACAGACUUGUACCGAAAAGAAGAGACCAUCAGCGUGGCAGGGAAUGGCUGCAUCCACAGUCCUCGCUUCCCCAGCAGCUACCCCAGGAACCUCCUACUGACGUGGCGGCUCCACUCCCCAGAGAGCACCAGGAUCCAUCUGGCUUUUGAUAAUCAGUUUGGACUGGAGGAACCUGAAAAUGAUAUCUGCAGGUAUGACUUUGUGGAAGUGGAAGAUGUAUCAGAGACCAGCACAGUUAUACGAGGACGGUGGUGUGGACACAGGGAAAUACCUCCAAGAAUAACAUCAAGAACAAAUCACAUAAAGAUAACCUUCAAAUCUGAUGACUAUUUUGUGGCUAAACCUGGAUUCAAGAUAUGCUACUCCCUUGUGUGUAGCUCGAAAGAGACAGAUUUUGCAAACACUCAGGAAAUGGAUGAUUUCCAGCAUGCAGCCUCAGAAACCAACUGGGAGUCAGUCACAAGCUCUGUCUCAGGGGUAUCCUAUCCCUCUCCAUCAGUGACUGAUGCUACGCUCACGGCAGAAGCACUGGAUCAAACCAUUGCUGCAUUUGACACAGUGGAGGAUCUGCUCAAACACUUUAACCCGGACUCCUGGCAAGAAGAUCUUGAGAAUCUGUACACAGACAGUGGCCACCAUUAUCGAGGCAGGAGCUACCACGACAGGAAGUCCAAAGUUGACCUGGACAGGUUGAAUGAUGACGUGAAACGUUACAGCUGCACCCCGAGAAACUACUCUGUCAAUUUAAGGGAGGAACUGAAGCUGACAAAUGUAGUUUUCUUCCCCCGCUGCCUCCUUGUCCAGCGCUGUGGAGGAAACUGUGGCUGUGGGACUCCGAACUGGAAAUCUUGCAUGUGCAUGUCAGGGAAAACAGUGAAAAAAUAUCAUGAGGUGCUGAAAUUCAUCCCCGAGGCUGGGCAUACCAGAAGAAAAGGCAGAAUCAGGAACAACAUGGCCUUAGUUGAUAUACAGCUGGAUCACCACGAGCGUUGUGAUUGCAUCUGCAGUUCAAGACCACCCCGAUAAAAAAAAAAAGAGAAAAAAAAAAGAAAAAAAGAGAGAGGAAGAAAGAAAGAAACAAACCAAAAAAAAAGACACACUAAUUGCAUUUUACCGGAUGUUUACUUUUAAGCAGGAUUGCUGUGAGGACCUUUACUCGCUAAUCAUUUGAAAUUUGCUACUAGCCUGCCUUUGCAAUAAGCAAACAUGAUCUCUCUGUUUCAGCAUAGCUGUGCUGAUUAGUGCCAUGGCAACUAAACAGGUAUAUCAUAGGUUUAUAUAUCAGCAUCCAAGAAUAUAAGAUUAUGGUUAUCUGUAGCUAGAUUCUGAGGGUUGAGAUUUUAAAAGCUCAGUUGCAGUCCUUAGGCACACAAUGUGCACUGAAAUUAAACACCAGGUGCAUAGGUAUUUGUUGUAGCUGGCAAUGAAUCAUAGAAUCAUAGAAUCAGCUGGGUUGGAAAGGACCUCUGAGAUCAUCAAGUCCAGCUCUUGAUCCACUACCACCACGGUUACUAGACCGUGGCACUAAGUGCCACAUCCAGUCUCAUCUUAAAAACCUCCAGGGACAGAGAAUCCACCACUUCCCUGGGCAGCCCAUUCCAAUACCUGAUUACCCUCUCUGUAAAGAAUUUCUUCCUAAUAUCUAACCUAAACCCCCCUGGCACAGCUUAAGACCAUGCCCUCUUGUCGUACUGAUAGCUGCCUGGGAGAAGAGACCAACCCCCACCUGGCUACAACCUCCUUUCAGGGAGUUGUAGGUAGAAAUAGCUUUGUGUUUGCUUCUCACUCACCAGUUCCUACACUCAAAUUCUGCUGCCAUUUCUACCUCCUCAGCUCUCCUGGUAGUCAGGAGGGUUUUGUGGGUAUAAACGAAGAGAGAAUUUGAGCCUGUAUGAGUGCAAAAUUUGCCCCACUCUCAGAGGGAACUUCCCAGCAUUCUGGCCCAACAGAGUGAGACAGAAUGCAGAAAAUCCAUCACUACAUGAAAUAACACACCAGUAAAGUCAAAUCUCACUGUUUGUACUUGAGCAAAUCAUGUGCUGAAAUUAGCUUUGCAUAAGCCAGGACACUGAUGGUGGUAGGGGGGUGUGGAGGCUGGUUCUUUUCCCCUGGUGACUCCAUAGGAGCCAUUGCCCAGGCGCUCCUGCAAGAGAGGGCUCCCACCCGGUCCCCAGGUGAAUUCCUGUAGGCUGGGACUGAUUCUGGUCACUACCUGCCUGGUCUGGACUCCUGCUCCUUGCCCAGAGUGGCCCACAAUUGCCCAGGAGGAGUCCCCUCUACACAAAAAGGGAGACAGCUCUCCUCUUGUAUCCUCUUCACACCAGUUUGAGGAGAUGGAGGAGACGAAGAUAGGGCACUUGUUUGUUGAAAAUAUUGAUUUGUUUUGCAGUUUUGUUACUGAGAAACAAAACUGUGUUUGAGAUUUAAUUAUCAUUAUUUGGUUUGGGGUUUGCUUGUUUGUUUGUUUGUUUUAAAUAUGGAUUAUUAUAACUUUGUCAUAUACACAUUAAUUUUAGUUAUCUGAGGUUAGUUGUCGCAUUCCAGCUUUGUGUAUUGCCAUGGGUAAACUGUUGACAGUGAAUUUCUUUUUGAUUGCAUUUUUCUGAAGCACAUUAACUCAUUAAGCAAUGUCUGUCUGUCAUGGAAAAUGUGCAUAAUUUGUUAAUUUGCAGAAGAAUAUUAUUAAACAGCACCUCAUAAUAAAAUUAGCACUUUAAAAGCUACAGCAUAACUUCCUAUGGCUUUUAAAAUAUUAUGAAAGUGCUCUAACUGAAAAAGGAAAAAAAAUCCUUCCAAACUAGCUUUAAGGAUUUUUAAAUGCUGCUCCAAAAGUGCAAAAAAUACAGGCAGAUUUAAGUCUGGUGAAGAAUUGGAGUUUUGAUCAUGAAUGUAACAGAGGGAAUAGGGUGGCACAUUUAAUGGCUGAGGUUUUAUAUUUAAUAGUAGACAUAGGCUGCAUUGAAUCAUCCAUGUUGCCUCGUGUCUUUCUGUCUCUCUGAAAGAGUGAAGUAGUUUGACAGUAGCGUGUUAUAAUUAGUGGAAACUGGCAAGUAAUAUAAAGUAGUAUAAGGCUUUCAAACCAGUAUGUUUUAGCACUCUACAGGUUUGUUACGAAAGUGCUCUAAUAUUCUGACUUACCCUCUUCAUCAGCUCAAGUGUUUUGUGACUUUUUUGUAAUUUUAGCAAAACUUUGCUGAAAGAUCCCUUAGAAAUGUUGUGUUACUUUCUUUCCUGUACGUUAGCCUUUGAGAUUCAGAAAGUUUGGGGGUUUGUUAUUUAUAUUAAUUUUUCCCCUCUGGCUCCCAGAUGUCUAUUUAAAAAUGCUCCUGAAUGCUUACUUGGGAAGUGAUUCAUCACUUUUCAAAGCAAUUCACAUUAAGGAAAAGUCCUGUAACCAAAGAUUACUAGCUUUAUUUUGUAGUUCAGGGCUAUUUAAAGAACAUCUCAUACUUUUUCUGUCUCUAGCUUAAUAACGAGAUUGACCCAGCCCUUCCAUAAUUUUUAGCUAAGUUUGGAAGAAAUUUGCAUGCGAGACCUUGGCAGUAUGGAUUGUUUUUGAGACAGUUGUACUCCAGUGUAUAUCACUGACUGAAUUAUGCCUGACUUCUAGUUAGCAUUGGUUGUAGGAAACAUCAGUUUCACAAGGCUUUGUGCUCUGAGUGGUCCUUAAUUCACACCCAGAGGGAAAGCUGUGCAGCAGGCACCCACUGCGCCAGGCGUGUCCCACACACCACUGCCUGCUCACUCAGUACCACCUCAACAGCCACGUGUUGUGAGGGGUGUGUAUGCCUCCCAAUCUGGGGAUCCAGACACAUCUGAGAGCCUGAGUUACCCCUACAGGCAUUUGGGAGAGGCUCUCCCAUAAUUUGCCUUAGCCCCAAGGUUGAAAUAGCCCGGUGUGGAGUUUUCUUUCUCUUUUGACUGUAUAGAAAGAUUAGAAAUCUGAUUUGGACAUAAGUGAUACACAGAGGUGAAAAUUUCUUUUAAAGACUGAACAGUUGAUAGUUCACCUGACUGAAUUAGAUAAAGGCAGCAGUGGAUGACAGGGUCCAGCAGAAAAAUUCAGAUAAAGGUAAAAAAAUCCUCUUGCCUAAUGAUGGGUUUACUUUCUUAGAUGUAGGCUAAACUUGUCGCAAAAUUUAAAGUAUUACUCCAGGGACACUUAGUAAUUAAUGGAACCAUUCACUGCUUCAAGCUGCCAUACAGACAGCAUGCUCCCGGCCACUGCAAGAGGGUCAAAGAUGGGCUUUGUUUUGCAGUGUGGGUGUGCUAACAUACAUGUGAACUAAGAAAAAGUCCCCAGGACCAUAGCCCUAAGCUUCAGUGACUCUGGUGAAACCAAAUACUAGCAAUUUUUUUCCUUUUUAUUUAUUAGCAGAAAUUGCAGAGGUGUUUCUCCAUACUUUUUUUCCCUCUUUUGUCCAUGUAAUAAUUAUGUUGUUUACAUACUAUUUUAACUUAAAGAUCAAAGCUAUUAAGAAACCUAAUCUCAUUCAGUUUUAUUGAUGGAAUUGGAACCCUCCAAAAUAAAUAUAUUUUCAAAGGCAAUUCAGAAGGAGUCCUAAUUUCAAACCACUUGUUAGCUUUUUAUUUACUAUAUUCUUCUGGGAUAGAGUCUACUUUCUCAAGUGCAAUCUAUGUAUAUUUUUUUGUUAUCUCAGUUAAAUGCAGCUUUCCUAGCAGUACUUUUUACUUUAUGCAAUAUGUAAUGUGUCUUAUCUUGAUGAAAAAAAUAAAUACUGCUUUUGAAAGAUA